AUGGUCACAAAACCACGCGCACCCGCCAAACAGGCCGCCGCGCCCAAAGUCCAACCUCUACCCGAGAAAACCUUCAUCAUUGACAACGGCGCGUACACCAUCAAAGCAGGCUAUGCCCCAUCCACGCUCCAAACGCAAAAGGCCGACGACCCUCUAUCCUCAUGCGUAACGAUCCCCAACGCACUCGCACGAACUCGCGACAACCGCGUCUUCGUCGGCGCCCAACUCUCAACACACAUCUCCGAUUGGAACGAAGCCGUGUUUCGCCGACCCGUCGAAAAGGGCUAUAUAGUGAAUUGGGAAGCCCAAAAGGAGAUUUGGGAGCAGACAUUCUUCGACGAGAGGACGGCCCGGAGUAAAGAAGUACGCGUCGCGGAUCCGGCGGAGACGACGUUGAUUCUGGCGGAUACCCCGAAUGGGCUGCCGGUUUUGCAGAGGAAUGCGGAUGAGAUGGUGAUGGAGGAAUGGGGAUUCGGUGGUUAUGCGAGAGUUGUUGGACCCACGCUGAAUGCCUGGAACGAUAUACAUGCUAUAUUUGGCGAUCCUACGGAUAGCUCAGCAGCAGGAGUCUUACCAGCGGAAUGCCUACUGGUCAUCGACUCUGGAUAUUCUCACACAAUCGUUACACCCGUAUACAAAGGCCAACCGCUUCAACGAGCUAUUCGAAGACUCGACUUAGGAGGCAAACAUCUCACCAACUACAUCAAGGAAAUGGUCUCGAUGCGUCAAUACAACAUGGUCGACGAAACACAUAUCAUGAACGACGUUAAGGAAGCUGUAUGCUAUGUGUCUAGUGAUUUCAAAGCCGACAUGGAGCAAGUGUGGAAAGCGACAAAGGCGCGAGGACAAUCCCAGGCGUCGGCCGAAGGUAUCGUGGUGGAUUAUGUACUCCCAGACCCAACGGCGAACAAAAAGGGGUUUGUGCGCUCACAUGAUCCGUUGAUCAAUGCAAAGAAGCGCAAGAGUCUGAUGUCUGGAUCCGGGGAUCUUGUCACCGAGGACUUUCUCGUCCUUGGGAAUGAAAGAUUCACUGUUCCGGAGAUACUGUUCAAUCCUUCGGAUAUUGGCAUGAGGCAGGCUGGUAUUCCCGAGAUCGUUCUGGAGAGUUUGUCUGUGCUGCCGACUGGUCUUCACCCGGCAUUUCUAGCCAAUAUUCUGGUCGUUGGCGGCAAUGCACUCAUCCCUGGAUUCAUAGACAGACUAGAAAUGGAAAUCCGACAGAUGGCAUCAGCUGAAUGUGUUGUCCGUGUGAAACGGCCAAAUGAUCCUAUUCGCUCAACAUGGCAGGGAGCGUCACGUAUGGCGACGGAUCGACAAGAAUUAGCAACUGUCGCGAUAACAAGGCAGGAAUACCUUGAAUACGGAUCUGCAUGGGCUGGGAGGCGGUUUUCAGGAGCUGUUUGA